UUUCAACGAUAAGACGUUGGAGAUGGAUCAAUUGUUGGAGUGCAUUUAUUAAAUUGUGGCUGAGAUAAUGCUAUUUGAGUUGUGUUGCGCGCGCGCGCACAUAUAUAUAUAAGGAUGGUGGUCUCGGGACUCUUAGAACACUCCAUAAUUAACCAUAGGAAAGUCUUUACCAUUAGACUAUUCCCUUGAAGUUAAAUUAUAUUGGACUUUUAUGAGUUAUCAUUUCCUACUUAAUUUUUUUUUACCCGGUACUUAAUUUAUCGAUAGCUCUAUUAAAAUUUUGGCUUCAAAUUUAUAGGUAGACGAGGCAAACUGUUCUCCCCAAAACCUAAUUCAGCUUAUAGCUGCCUUUACGUUUGAAAGUUCAGAUCUUACUUCUUAUUAAGGUGAAUUACUAUCAACCUUUCUUUAGUUAUAGCAUUGUUCCCUAAUAAUUCAAAAAUUACACUUGUUACACUUUUUGUUCAACUGCAUCAAAAGAGAGUUCGAUUUAACAUUUUUACCACUCAAUUACUUUAUAUGAAAAGUAGCAUUAAAAGUGAAAAGAGGAGCAAAUUUGGUAUUUUGUAAUCUAAAUUUAUGCUGCGUUUGGAAAUUGGAACUACGGAAUCAACUGUUGAAAUUGGAAUUGAAAAAAAAUUAAUUCUAACUUUAUACUUUUUUUGUUAUGAUGACCACAUGAGACAAGGUUAAUCAUUUUCAGUUCACACUUUUAAUAGCAAAUCUAGCUCUCUCUAAAUUUUUUCUUUUUCCUUACAAAAACAAGGGAGCAAUUUCAACCACUUAUUUGGAAGAAAAAUUAAAUUGUUUGGUAACAUAGAAUAUUGUGGUUUACAAAGUAAUUUCAAAAGAGACCUUCCGAAAAAAGAGAAGAAAAAAAGAAAGUAAUUUCAAGAGAGAGAGAAAAGAUGGUGUUUGACCAUGUCCAAUGUGUAAAGGGUUGGUUGGUUUCUUUUCUUAUGUUUCUAGUUACUAAAAAUAGGCGCCAAAACCUGUUAACGACAAAAGGUUCCUUGGCAUUGUGAGAGUUUUGGCCACCCAACGGCUCUCACAUUAUUCCUCUUCUCCACUGAUAAUUUUUUAUUUUAUUUUUUUAAAAAGAAAAAAAAUAGAGCUAAAAAGUUAAGAAAAAACCAAAUUAUAAUCAGCAACACAUCCCAUUUCAAAUCCUUGAAUUCCUCUAGUCUUUCUUGAUUCAUUCUCCUCACCCAGGAGGGCUGGAUAUGGAGAAAAAACCAAACUAGAGGACCCCCCAAAUCUCAAUCUUUUGUAUUGUCUACAGUCCUCAUUAUCUAUAUCUCCAUAUAUCUAUCAAUGACAAUCCUCCUGGUUCUUUCCUACGCCUUUCUUGUCGCCACCACCUCGGCCGCCCCCACCCCUCCCUCCUCCUCCUCCUCCUCCUCCUCCUCCGGUACCUUCAAACCACAAGACAACUACCAAAUCGACUGCGGCGCCACCUCUCAAACCACCCUUCCCGACGGGAGGGUUUUUACAUCCGACCAAGAUUCUAGCAAAUACUUCAACUCAAAGGGACGUGAUAUCCUAGUGUCCGAUGAAUCAGCCGACGUUCCUCUUCCCAUUUAUAAGAGUGCCAAGGUUUUCGACACCGAUGCCACUUACACAUUCCACAUGACUCGCCCGGGUUGGCAUUGGAUUCGCCUCCAUUUCUAUCCGGUCAAGAAUAAUCAGCACAAUCUCCAGAGUUCAAAGUUCACCGUCACCACGGACACUUUAGUCCUCCUCCACGAGUUCAAUGCCGGUGAUGCCGCCAAGUGGACCGUUAAGGAAUACCUUGUUAAUGUCACAACGGAGCGGUUCUCAAUCAAAUUCGUCCCCAUGAAAAGCUCCACCGCCUUUGUCAAUGCCAUUGAGAUGGUUUCCGCCCCUGACCUCCUCAUCUCCGACCUCGGCUCCACCCUCUCCCCAGUGGCCCAAAUCACUGGCCUGUCCAUUAAUUCUUACCACACUCUAUACCGCCUCAAUGUGGGUGGACAGGACGUCACCUCGGCCAAUGACACCCUCGGACGAACAUGGACGUCUGAUGAGCCUUACCUAAAGGACAAGGCUCUAUCUAGCACUGUCUCUGUUGCUCCUAAAAUCAUUGAAUAUCCACAAGGAGAGUCACCUUUGAUAGCACCUCCUUCGGUGUAUGCAUCGGCUGCACAGAUGGGCGAUGCAAGCACCACGAGGCCUAAUUUCAAUGUGACAUGGAACCUACACGUUGAUACCUCAUUUGGGUACCUUGUUCGUCUCCAUUUUUGUGAUAUAGUUAGCAAAUCUCUCAAUGACCUCUACUUCAAUGUGUACAUUAAUGGGAUGAUGGCAAUUUCUGCGCUCGACUUGUCAUCCCUCACUGGAGGCUUGGCAAUGCCUUACUAUAAAGACGUCGUUGUGAAUGGUUCUGUGAUAUCUAGUACACUUACUGUUCAGAUUGGUCCGUCGAAUCAAGACACCGGAUCAAAAAACGCCAUCAUUAACGGGCUUGAAGUGUUCAGGAUGAACAACUCGGUUAAUAGUCUAGAUGGAGAGUUUGGCAUUGAUGGCAAGAAAGCUCCUGGUGCCUCGCAAGGCACAGUGGCUGCAGUCGGUUUUGCAAUGAUGUUUGGAGCCUUUGUGGGUUUGGGCGCAAUGGCGUUUAAGUGGAAGAAGAGGCCUGUUGAUUGGCAGAAGAGGAGUGAUUUCUCGUCAUGGUUGCUUCCAAUUCAUGCCGGAGACUCGAGCUUUAUGACAAGCAAGAAUUUGGGGUCUCGAAAGAGUGCAUUCUUUUCGUCCACAAACGGACUAGGACGAUAUUUUUCUUUCUCGGAGUUGCAAGAAGCAACUAAGAAUUGGGAUCCAAAUGCAGUGAUUGGUGUUGGUGGUUUUGGCAAUGUGUAUCUUGGCGAAAUUGAUGACGGGACUCAAGUUGCUGUUAAGCGAGGCAACCCACAAUCCGAACAAGGCAUGAAUGAGUUCCAGACAGAGAUUCAGAUGUUGUCAAAGCUCAGACAUCGCCAUUUGGUGUCAUUGAUAGGCUACUGUGAUGAGAACACAGAGAUGAUAUUGGUUUAUGAGUACAUGUCUUAUGGACCUCUAAGGGACCAUCUUUAUGGGACGGACUUGCCGGCUCUGUCAUGGAAGCAGAGGCUAGAGAUAUGCAUUGGGGCAGCUCGCGGCCUUCACUACCUCCACACAGGCUCAGCACACGGAAUCAUCCACCGUGAUGUCAAGAGCACAAACAUUUUGCUGGACGACAACUUCAUCGCGAAAAUGGCUGACUUUGGGCUGUCCAAAGAUGCACCCACUGGCACGGGGCAAACUCAUGUGAGUACUGCGGUGAAGGGAAGCUUCGGGUACCUUGACCCCGAAUACUUUAGGAAGCAGCAGCUGACUGACAAGUCGGAUGUGUACUCAUUUGGGGUCGUACUGCUAGAGGUGUUGUGUGCACGACCUGCCAUCAACCCGGCACUACCAAGGGAGCAAGUGAACUUGGCUGAGUGGGUAAUGCAAUGUAAGCGAAAAAGUCUGCUCAACAAGAUCAUUGAUCCCCGACUUGUUGGUGCCAUUAACCCUGAAUCCAUGAAGAAGUUUACGGAGGCUGCAGAGAAGUGCUUGGCUGACUAUGGUGUCGACAGGCCUUCUAUGGGUGACGUGCUGUGGAACUUGGAGCAUGCUUUGCAGCUGCAAGAGGCUUCCCCAGAGAAGUCAGAGGACGAGAACAGAGCAUCUGCAGCCUCUGCCUCUCCAAUUAUGGUUGCUCCUACGGCUACUUCAACAUCCGAUAACCGGCCCAAUUCCUCCCCUGGAGAGAGCAAUAAGCCGGAAGAAGUUAAGGGCGUUGAUGAGCAUUCGGGGACUGUAACAUUCUCCCAGUUCACUUCUCUAAGUGGUAGAUAAACAGAAGCUCAAUUGACAAUUGAGUAUUCAAAGUUUGUAUAUAUUAGUACAUACAAUAUAUAUCACAUGAAGGUUUUCAAGGGGGAUGGUGGAUUUGCCCUUUCUGCUCCAUGAAUUAGUGUGAGGUAGGUAGCAGUUAGGCAUUUCUUGAUUGUAACACAUUUCCUACACAAAGUUAAGUAGCUAUCAUGUUUUACACAAUAUAUUGUACACUACUAUAUUAUCACAUAAUUUUUCCUUCUAUGUGUUUCUGUAUCC